ACACGUGAAUUUUUCAAAAUGACGAGUUUUCCCGUAAAUUCUAAACAAUUCGACUUCAUGCCCUAACCUAUAAAAACAAGGUAUAAGGACUUUUUAAUAUAAAAAGCAGUUAUGAGAGUAUGAGUACAUAAGAAAGUGUUAAGAGUUUGCUUGGGCUUUGAUCAUGAUUAUAUCAUGGUUUUUUUGAUUUCUCCAUUUUAAAUAACGAGAUGCCAGAUACUCAUCAUUAUUCAACAUUGAACUGCCGGGUCGACGUCUACCUUAUUUGAAUUUAGAGCAGGAUAAUAAAUUAUUCAUCAUUGUAAUUAAAAACUCGACUGUUAAAGAAAACCAUUCGAUUUUAUAUUUUCACUGUGGUGUGAUUAAAGAUAUUCCAUUGUUUCUUGUGAGCAUUGUAAGAACCGUGAGCUAGUUUGGUAAAAUUCAAUAUCAAGAUGAGUGUAUCUAGAGCAGCUGAAUUUGCCAAAAUGGUAUUUGAUAGAACGAUUAAUUCAAAUACUUUCGGAAAAUGUUUAAAAAACAUUAAGCUAGUCUCUGUCGGCGAUGGAAACUGCAAAGCAGAAUUCACAGUCCAGGAUGAACAUUUAAACUUGGGAGGAACGUUACAUGGAGGAUUCACAUCCACUUUGAUUGAUUGCAUUUCAACGUACGCUGUAAUGACUCAUGGAAAUGGAUCACCCGGUGUUUCGGUAGAUUUACAUGUUACGUUCAUGAAAGCAGCAUUUCCUGGUGACAAUGUGUUCAUUGAUGCAAGAACUAUCAGGGCUGGAAAAAGCCUUGCUUUUCUCGAGGUGGAACUUAAAAAGGAUGAUGGUGCGAUUAUCGCUCGGGGUCAACACACGAAAUUCAUAGCUUCUGGAUAAAUAUUGGUUCAAAAAUACUAUCCCCUACCGUUUACAGCUGGAUUUUUAUUAGAAAUCUUUCCCGAGUAGUUUUCUUAAUAUUUAAUCUUUAUACGUUUUAUCAAGCAUGUACAUAUAGCCAAUAAUUAAAACAAAAUUAUCCAUUUAU